AUGGAAAACUUCAUGGCACCGCUGAGCACCGUCAGCGAGCUUGCGCUUCAGCAGAGCAAGGCCAAGCUCCUGCACAGCAAGGCGAGCGGUCCCUCCCGGCGCAAGCGGGAGUUCAUGCCGGAUGAGAAGAAGGACAACAUGUACUGGGAGAAGAGGCGCAAGAACAACGAGGCGGCCAAGCGCUCACGGGAGAAGAGGCGCCUCAAUGAUUUCGCCAUGGAGAGCCAGCUGGCUGCCCUCAGCGAGGAGAAUGCCAUCCUCAGGACAGAGCUGCUCUCUCUGAAGCUGCGCUUUGGGCUCGUGCCUUUGUCAGGCAGUGCCUGCUUCUUGUGCCCUUCCCCCAGUCCAGCCGAGGUGAGCAAAGAAAGCAGCACAACUGUCUCAGAUGAAGAUGACGAGCAACAAGUGCCCAAAACUUCUCCUCUACCCCCAUGCAGCCUGCCCUGCCCCUCAGAAGAUCAUUUGAAGGGCCGAAGCUGUGCUGCCCUACCUCACAAGCUCCGGAUUAAGACCAAAGCCCUCAGCAGCUUGGAGGACAGUGGCCUGGAAUCUCAGUGAGGUAGCACAGAAAUGGCCUGCUGGGAUGCAGCACCACUGGAUGAGCUGCAGAUGUGGAACAGAACGGGCUGGACUUUGCAAAAACUGUAA